AUGACAACGUCAUCAAACCGGGACAAUUUCUUUCAGACAUCCGCAUCUCUGGAUGACCAGGAGCGGAAGGAUGCCAAGUCCCAAAACACCAAUGGAAACCCUAUACGUCUUCAAGGCAAGAUUUUGGCUGUCCAUGUUGAUCCACUGAACAAUGGAGCCAUCUACGUUGCGCAAAGUAAUGGCAGCGUGAGAAGAAUCCUCCUUGCUACGGGGGAAACCGCCAAGGUUUUCUCAGGUCCUAUGGCUCCUGUGACCAGUCUUUGUGUGAGCCCGGAUGGAAAGCUUUUGUUUGCUGGAUGUUGGGACAAGGCCAUCUGGAGCUGGGACACUGCUACUGGGCAGCAGCGCCAGAAGUACGAAGGUCACAACGACUUUGUUCGAGCAGUCACUAGUGCCAGACUACGCGGCGAAGACCUCCUCAUCUCUGGUGGAGCUGAUGCUCAAGUUCUCGUGUUUAACAUCGCGUCUGGACAGCGUCUGGAGACCUUCAAAGGACACGCCCGGGGUAUCCAAGAUCUUGUCAUUGACUCGGAGUCAGAGAGCUCGCAACCAAUUGUGUUUAGUGCGGGCAGCGAUCGCGAGAUCCGCCAAUUCGAUAUCUUUGGCGGUGGCUGUACCACUGACCCUCUGCUCCCUCAUGACACCAGUGUCUACAAGCUUCUUUUCGAUAAUGACGGCGAUCUCUGGACGGCUUCGGCGGACAAAACUGCCAAGUGCCUAGUCCGAGAAGAUGGAUGGAAAGCGAAUAUGACAUUGGAGCACCCUGACUUCGUGAAAGAUGUCGUUAUCUGUGAAACCGGAGGAUGGGUCGUGACGGCCUGCCGCGAUGAAGAAGUUCGGGUGUGGAACCGAUCGACCGGCGCAUUGCAUCAUACUUUCUCGGGACAUUUCGAGGAGGUCACUGGGCUUGUCCUCAUUGGUUCCACGAUUGUCAGCGUGGGAAUUGAUGCCACGAUUCGUCAAUGGUCACUUCGACCCGACGAACUUCAGCAAGCAGUGGAACUGGCCAAGAAGCCCGUCGAUGAAGAAGAGAAGAAAGACGCACCAGCUGGUGAAUCAAUGCUUACAGCAGAAGAGGAGGCCGAGCUGGCCGAGCUGAUGGAAGAUGAUUAG